GAAACGCUUUUACACCGUCGAACGUUGCGUUGCGAGGCCCUCGUUACUCCGAAGAAUUUGUAAUAAAAUGUCAAUGAAGAAAGCAGAUCUUUCUUUUUAAGUGGUCGCGCAACGUGGAACGAUCGCGUAGUUGUAUACAUAUGUAUAGUGUAGAAGCUGAAAAGUUUCGAGAGUCGGAGAGAAGCGAGGAAGAUGUCGUGCGAGGAAGAAAGAAGAGAAACGGAGGAGACGAGGGAAGCAACGAAAGAAGGAAAGGAGGCCACCGAGGAGGACCUUCAGAUUUUCGAAACGCUUUGUAUAUCGUCGCCUCGAAAGAUCGUCGAGCAAGAAGCCAUGACCCAUGAUCUAACGACUACGUUGAGGAGCGAGCUAGCAGCGCUCGAGUAUAAACGCGACCGGUUGAUGUCCGAGCUGCAAGAAACGAAGAAUCUCGUGAGAUUGCGAGAUCAACGAAUAGCCGAGUUGCAGAUAGAGGCGGAACAACUUCGCGAACAAGCAGCUAGACAGAAUGCCAUCGUGUUAAGCUUGAAGAAACGCAUACAGGAAUUGGAAGAACGCGAGAGGAAUCUUUAUACGAGCCAAGGAAGGAACGAGACCGUGCUGCGUUCUUUGCAACGAGAUUUAAAGUAUCAUCAGGAGAAGAAUCGGGAAUGCGAGAAGAAGAUACGUCAGCUCGAACAGACCGCGUCGGAGGAGAUCGAAUCGAGAGAACGAGCCCGUUCAAGUUUCCAGGAAUUUACGCGAAGAUUGGCGAACGCAUUGAGCGUCGAGUAUCGCGAAACCGUUCAUCCUAGUGGCGAAAUGGUGAUUCACAAAGUCGAAGAGUUGGUGCAGGAAGCGAAUCGUGUUCGCGCCAAGAAUACGAAUAUCGAAGCGCAACUGACCACCGCCGAGGUAGACUUUAGAAGCUGCCGGGAUGCGUUGGACUGUACCGUAGCCGAGAAGGAACAACUUCAGCGUCAAGUAUCUUCGCAAUUGAUCGACUUGGAUCGUCUGAGACAGGACAAAGAAUGCCUGGAAAUGCGAUACAAAGUGGCGGAAAGGGAACUGGACGGGUUGAGGGAUAAAUUGUUAAACGCGAACAGAAGCAUAAGCAACGCGACCGGAAAUAUAUCGACUCAAGAGGCGUUGAUCGGACAGCUGCGAGAAGAUCUGACGCAACGGGACGAAAAGUGUCAGCGUGUGCAAACCGAGUUACGUCACCUUUUGGAAUCGUUGGCAACGCUUGUCAGCGGUCCGAACAGAUUCGUCGAGUCUCACGAGAAUGUCAUUAAGGAUCGCAUUAGGGAGAUCUUGGCCGAGAACAAAGAUCAGGCUCUUACGAUUCAAAAGCUUCGAGACAAGGUAAACGCGGCGACGGAAUCGACUACUCGGCAGGGCGAAUUGAUCGAAACGACUGUGGCGAAGAUGCGAAAUCUCGAGGACGAACGAUCGGACCUGGGAAAUAAAGUUCGCAAAUUAGAAACCGAGUUGACCGAUUGCGAGCUGUCGAAGGAAUCUCUGCGCAGAGAAAAACAAAUGUUCGUAACGUUUCUGAACCGACUAGGAAAAGCGAUGCAAAUGGACGAGAUCUCGGGGGAAAUGGGUCUGGAUCUUCAAACGGAAUCGCUUCUGAUACGAGCCGAGCAACUUGCCAGAUUGGAAACCGACAAAUUAGUGGAUAAGUACUCGUGCUGCAACUACACCAUCUUACCGAGGAUUCGGCGCGAGCGAUCCUUCCACGAGCUUCCUUCUAUGAAAGAAACCUCGGUGGUGUAUCAGCUGCAGCGUCGCGUAAGGACGCUCCGGGAACAAUUGCAACGCCGGGAUCUUCAUCUGGAUCUCCUUCGCAGAAAAUUAUCGCUUCAAGAGGACAGCGUGAAAAUGAAAUCGUUGCUGCAAAGCGAAAGAGACGAAGCGAAUCUUCGAGCGAAGAAGUUGUCGAAACAAACCGAUCGCUUGCAAGUUCAACUUUUGGAAGAGAGGUCGAGAAAUCGCGAGUUAAGCGCCCAAUUGACGGAAGCCGCGGAUUACAAAAUAGCGGCUUUGGAACGCAGUCGAAAGAUAGAAGAGGUUCAAAAACGGCUGGUCGAGAGCGAGAUGCUGAGAACUCGAUGCAACAGAAAAUUAACCCUCUUGAAAGAACAAAUAAGAACAACGACUGAGACUGCCGAGCAGGAGCGAUCCAUCAGCGACCAUUCGUUGCAACUGCUUAGGGACGAGCUAGCGCAAGUCAAACAAAAUCUUUCCGAGAUGACGAAAAGGGAAUCCCAGCUACAAAGUUUCCGUGUUUCCGUGGUGAAAUUAUUAUCAGAACCAAUUUGCACACCAGAUUACGAGAUAAUUUCGCGACUGCAAAAAACAAUAGCGGCACAUCGUGAUUUCACCAUGCUGUCGCGCCGAUACGACGAGCCAUUGGAUACCACCAGUCCUUCCAGAUGUACAAGCAUACACACGAUGCAUCCUCCUAGAUCACCAGGGUCACGAUGCGCUCGUUACGAAGACAGCGGAUUUGCAGAUCCGCCGGAUCUUCGCGACGUCGAAGACGAAUUCAACAAACGACCGCAUUGUUGCGUACGCGACUCGGUUGGGAGCGAGUGGAGCUGGUGUAUAAUGUCGGUGUAGAGUGGAACAACCGCAUUCCAGGAUGCAGACGGUAGAGAGCGAGACUGAAGUUGCCGUGCUGGUUGAGCGCGGGAACGCGAUGCAGCGAGGUAGACGGGAGGGGACCAAGGAGGACGAAGGGAACAUCGUCUAGUAGUAUGCGAAUCCGUUCGAGCCUCGUAUCUUGUAUCUUCCUGCUCGAACCAAAGUGUGCCGCGCACUAUAUGCGUGUCGAGCACUACGCAAACGGACCUCUGGCUUUUUCGUGGUCUUUUCUGGUCUUCUCGUCGAGUCAUAUUCCAGAGGACCGAUAUUGCAGACGAAAACAAAGGAAAUGUAUUUUCAUUUCUUUUUUUCUUUUUCUUUUUUACUGUUAAUUCGUAUUUUUAGUCGUUCUAGCGGCCAUUAUUACCUUAAGUCUGUACGCAAUCUUUCGGAGUGUAGAAAAAACGCCACGUUAAAUACCACGGUAUCGCGAUACAAAAGGAGCAACAGAAAUGGGAACAGUAAAAAAAGCAAAGUAAUCAUAGAUAGUAAGUAUUCGCGAUAUUGUUGGAAGUUAUUAUUCCAGAUAAAGACGAAACUCGGCUUUUACGCUAUGGCGUUUUCCAAAGAGCCAAGAAGCAAAGUUGUGUGAUUUUAUGGGGCGUGCUUCUUGCUUAGUAGAAAAGUACAUACGUACACUGUGUACAGCACAUACCUACACGUAGUACGUCGUAUACUGGUUAGCCCUGAACUUGGCCAGCAGUGAACCACCUCCUUCUUUGCAGGAACGUGAAUGCGUGAAUGCAAAGGCGUCAUCGUUGGCCUCCUUAUUUCUCGUUGCGUACAAACACACGCGUUACGACUAUCUCAACGCCAAACAAGUACACUGUACAUGUUACUUUCCACGCUCAAACACGUAUCACGAAACGAUAUUGUCAAAGCUGGCAGUUAUUCAACAACAAUACGUUUCAUUCACACUUUGGCCAUUCUUUCAUCGAAAGCACGAACAAAAUUUCGUUGAAAACUCGCUGUCCGAGCAUAUUUUUCUUUGAUAUCGGCCCGACAAAUUUCCUGCAAAGUUUCCUAACGAAUCUGUCUUGACGUUGCACGCGUACACUGACAGUAUACUGAAAUACCGGUCGGACUCGGAUGAAAGUCGGACAAUAAAGACGAAAUGGAAGUACUUAUGGAAUUAUCUUCUCUAAUUUUGAUGAUUAUUUUGGUUAUUAUUUAGAUGAUUAGAGAUUUCGUUGAUUCUGAACAUAAUCGUGAAUUCGGAUUUCUUCGCAUAAGUAUCGCUAUAUAAGGUUUUUAGUUAAGUAGAACGGGACUAGGUUUCUAUCUAGGUAUACGGCGGACUAAACGAAGUAUCGAUAAAUAACUUAAUCAGCUACGUAAAGCCAAAAGCAUGCGAUCAUGGGUAUAUCUGUGUAUACUACGAAAAUGACGAUUAAAUAUGUUGUGUUCUGCUUAUCUAUUGCUUAAGCGCUUAUCUAUUUAGAAACCAACAAUGACCGUCAGUAUCGUUUUAAUCUCAUAAAAGUAAACGCAAGGACAAAAGGAAAACAAGGAUCGUCGGAAGAAAAUGCAAUGACAAAACGUUUUAUAUGUCUAGUUAAGCAACAAAAAAUUUAUAUGGCCAAUUUUUACAUGUUUCGAAUUAGUUACGUAUACAUAUAUGCAUAUAAACUCGUCAGAAUUAAAAGCCGGUAGUCCUGCCUGCACCCGUCAUACACGUACCGUUGAGGUCGGUUAAUUCAAGUGAGACAACAUUACUCCUAUUUUUCCUAAGAUUUUCUUUA